AUGGCCAUAAUUUUAGCUUUCUUUGAUUUGUCUUCUUCAAAAGUCUUGAGAAAUAUCAUCCGUCCUUAUUUGAUCAUGAAAUCACCCACCAUUUUUCUCUUCUUCAUUCUCAUCUCUGCUUCUGCUCUUCUUCUUGAAGCCUUCAACAAUGGCGGACGAAGAUUCAAACUGCAAGAAGAAGAAGAUCAACCCCAUAUCAAAAGAUCCGAUUUUCCACAUGGGUUUCUCUUUGGAGCAGCCACUUCUGCUUACCAAGUUGAAGGAGCCUAUCUUGAAGAUGCUAAAUCCCUCAGCAACUGGGAUGUAUUUUGUCAUUCUGUUGUAGGUUGUGCAGAAGAUGGAGAUAACGGGGAUGUUGCAGAUGAUCAUUAUCAUCAGUUUACGGAAGAUAUUGAAAUGAUGCAUUCCCUUGGUCUCAAAGCAUACAGAUUUUCGAUUUCAUGGGCUAGAAUUCUUCCAAGAGGAAGGUUUGGUGAAGUUAAUCCUGCUGGGAUCAUGUUCUAUAACAAGAUAAUAGACAAUCUGAUCCUCAAAGGAAUCGAGCCAUUUGUGACGAUUUUCCAUAACGAUUUUCCUCAGGAACUUGAAGAGAGAUACGGGUCUUGGCUUAACCCUGAAAUGAAGGAAGAGUUUGUACAUAUGGCAGAAAUUUGCUUCAAGUGGUUUGGAGACCGAGUGAAGUAUUGGAUCACAAUCAACGAACCUAAUGUAUUCACGGAAUACGCGUACGAAAGUGGGCUUUUUCCUCCUUCGCGUUGUUCCGAGCCUUUUGGCAACUGUGUUGCCGGAAAUUCGGAUGUGGAGCCUCUCAUUGUUAUGCACAACUUGUUACUAGCCCAUGGCAUGGCAGCCAAGCUAUAUCAUGACAAGUUCCAGCCUAAACAAGGUGGAUUUAUAGGGCUCGUUAUGCAUUGUUACAUGUUCGAACCGCUAACGGAUAGUGAGCUUGAUCGUAAUGCCGCCAAAAGGGCAUUGGCUUUCAGUAUUGGCUGGUCACUUGAUCCGGUAAUAUUCGGAGAAUACCCCGAAGAAAUGCACGAAUACCUCGGAAGCACAUUACCAAGUUUCUCCGUCGACGAAAAGAAUUUUUUGAAGAACAGUAUGGAUUUUAUUGGCAUCAACCAUUACUCGACUGCGUAUACCAAGGAUUGUACCAACUCUAGUUGCUCUCCAACUGCGAAUCGUGCAAUCCGAGGUUUUCUAGAUAUUGCUCUAGAGCGUGAUGGUGUGCCGAUUGGCGAACCGACCGGGAUAGAAGGAUUAACGGUUGUUCCUCGAGGCAUGGGGGAGAUCGUUAACUAUAUCAAGAUACGGUACAAUAAUAAACCUAUGUUUAUUACUGAAAACGGGUAUGCUUCCCUCGAUGUGCAGGGGGCACGAAUCAACGAGCUCGUGAAUGACGUCAAACGAGUUCAAUUUCACACAGCGUACCUUGCUUCUUUAGCCAAGUCUAUCAGAGAGGGAGCGGAUGUUCGUGGAUAUUUCGUAUGGUCGUUGAUGGAUAACUACGAAUGGUUGCACGGUUACGACGUGAAGUUCGGUUUAUACUACGUUGACCGUAAAACGCUAAGUCGGGUACCGAAGCUUUCGGCGAAAUGGUACAUGAAUUUCUUGAAAAACAACAGUGAUGUUAUUAGUAAAGGAACAUCAAGGUACAGAAGAUCAAUUCAAAAGGUUGCUAUGAUGGUGGGAAAUGCAGAUUCAUAAAAGACUUGAUUAAUGUAUUAUUUUGGCAUUCCAUUAUUUAUUAUUCAUGUAUAGCAAAUCAACAAUAAGACCAAUUAUUAUAUAUUUGGAUAAAAAUGAA